AUGUCCCUUGAUAGUACCUUAUCUGAAUCGCUUGGUGGUAGCAACUUGAUCAGCGGAAGCACUCCCGCCACCACAUCCGCUCAAAGCCGUAAAGAGCAGAUCUCGGCGUAUCGUGACCGUCGGUUCCGCGGCACGCAGGAGGAGUUCGAGCAGGCGCUGAGGGUGUCUACCACGGUUUACGUGGGUAACUUGUCGUUUUACACCACGGAGGAGCAGAUCUACGAGGUGUUUUCCAAGGCGGGGGAAAUCCGACGCAUUGUAAUGGGACUCGAUAAGAAUACAAUGACGCCCUGCGGCUUCUGCUUCGUUGCGUACUAUGUGAGGGAGGACGCGGAGGACGCGGUGAAAUACGUCAGCAGCACGAUUCUGGACGACCGGCCAAUCAGAGUGGACUUUGACUGGGGCUACGAGGAUGGGCGGCAGUGGGGGCGGGGGAGGAGCGGCGGGCAAAGCGGAUGGCAAGUCAGGGACGAAUACCGGACCGACUACGACCCAGAUAUGUGCCUCUCUCGCCUUUCGUUCGCCUCUCUUGCUUGCAUCCCUCUCACCUUGAUGGGCGGGGGAGGAGUGGAGGGCAAGUCAGGGACGAAUACCGCACCGAUUAUGACCCAGAUAUGUGCCUCUCUCGCCUCUAUCCGUCACAUCUCUCCCUCCCCUCUCCCUCGUCUUUAUGGUGGGCGGGGACAGAGCGGAUGGCAAGUCAGGGACGAAUACCGGACCGACUACGACCCAGAUAUGUGCCUCUCUCGCCUUUCGUUCGCCUCUCUUGCUUGCAUCCCUCUCACCUUGAUGGGCGGGGGAGGAGUGGAGGGCAAGUCAGGGACGAAUACCGCACCGACUAUGACCCAGAUUUGUGCCUCUCUCGCCCAAUUACUAGCUUUGUGUGCGUGUUAG